CGUGGCUUUGAAGACGCGUCCACAGCCAACAUGGGCGGCCGAAGUAGGUGUAGAAAGACCUCUCUCGCCAAAAGCCGGGGCAAAGCCCCAGUCCGUGCUGCUCCUCACGACGCCCAGCGCGACCUGGACCCUCCACAGUGCCCCAAUCUCCGAGAAGAAACCAGGGCAGCACAGGUGCAGGCUGGCGCGGGUUGGGGUGGCCUGGAAACCGCCGCGUCCGCGCUUCCCCACCGUCCAGGGGAGGAGGGAACCUGCCGGUUUCCCUUGGACUGUGGCCUCGCGCUUUGGGCCCAAGCUGCGGGGAGUCGUGGGCAGGCUAACCCCAGGACCCGCCCAGGGAGGGCCUCAUCUUUCCAGGAGCGCCUGGAAAGAGACACUGCCUUCCUGGGAACUGUGGGCACUGUGGCAAGGCCGAGAAAUAGCCUUCGAGUUGGAAAUUGUCAUGGCCUGGUUAAGAAGAAGGCCUCAGAGACCAGUAUCGCAGUGAGGAGGGGAGCCCAGGCGAUAGCUGUUGGGAAGCUGAAGAAAGGGACCUCUGGGGAGUGUGCCUUUGUCUCAGUGAGGGAGGAAAAGAAGGUGGAAAAUUUGGCAGGGUCAGGGCCCCAGGCCGCUGAUGGCAUCAUGGACACCCUGGAGACCGUCCAGCUGAAGCUGGAGAACAUGAGUGCGCAGGCAGACAGGGCCUACCUUCGUCUUUCACGCAAGUUUGGGCAAUUGCGACUGCACCACUUAGAGCGCAGGAAUCGCCUCAUCCGGGAUAUCCCGGGCUUCUGGGGGCAAGCCUUUUGGAACCACCCUCAGCUGUCAUCCUUUCUGAGCAGUCAAGAUAGAGAGGUACUCGGCUACUUGAACAGCUUGGAGGUGGAAGAGCUUGGCCUUGCCAGAUUGGGCUACAAGAUCAAGUUCUACUUUGGAUGCAACCCCUAUUUUCAAAAUAAGUUGCUCAUCAAGGAAUAUGGGUGUGCCCCUUCUGGUCAGGUGGUGUCACAUUCUACUCCAAUCCAGUGGCUCCCAGGCCAUGAUCUCCAGUCCCUAACCCAGGAGAACCCAAACAACAACUGUAGCUUCUUUGGAUGGUUUUCAAACCACAGCUCCAUUGAGUCUGACAAAAUUGUUGAGAUAAUCAACGAAGAACUGUGGCCCAAUCCCUUGCAGUACUACCUUAUGAGUGAAGGGACCCUUGGAGAGAAAGGAAAAGUCAGCCGUGGUUCAGCAAGGCAGCCGGUAGAAUCCCUUGAAGUAAAUCAGUUCAACUGA